UUUUAUCUGGGUCCCUCAGCCCUUGUGUGACUGCCCUUUGGUGUGGAGAUACAGGCAAACCUGUGGGACCGGCAGGCUGUCAUGGCGACCAGUGGGGACCCAGAGGAGGAGCAGGUAGUCCCAAGUGAAGAGGAGGAAGCCGAUGUGAGGGCUGUGCAGGCCCAGUAUCUCCGGAGCCCCUCCCCCAGCCAGUACUCGAUGGUCUCAGAUGCAGAAACAGAAAGCAUUUUCAUGGAGCCCAUACACCUCUCUUCAGCUGUUGCGGCUAAACAGAUCAUCAAUGAAGAAUUCAAGACACGGAGGAUCAGAGCAGAGGCAGAAUGUCCAGGCAUACUGGAGUCGGCCGAGCAGCUGCUGGUGGAGGACCUGUACAACCGUGUUAGGGAGAAGAUGGAUGACACCAGCCUAUACAAUACCCCCUGUGUCCUGGAUUUACAGCGGGCCUUGGUCCAAGACCGCCAGGAGACCCCCUGGAAUGAGGUGGAUGAGGUCUGGCCCAAUGUCUUCAUAGCAGAGAAGAGUGUAGCUGUGAACAAGGGGAGGCUGAAGAGGCUGGGAAUUACUCACAUCCUGAAUGCUGCUCAUGGCACUGGUGUCUACACUGGGCCUGAAUUCUACACUGGCCUGGAGAUUCAGUACUUGGGUAUGGAAGUGGAUGACUUUCCCGAGGUGGACAUCUCCCAGCAUUUCCGGAAGGCUGCUGAAUUCCUUGAUGAAGCCCUGCUGACCUAUAGAGGGAAGGUCCUGGUCAGCAGCGAAAUGGGCCUCAGCCGGUCGGCCGUGCUGGUGGUGGCCUACCUGAUGAUCUUCCACGACAUGGCCGUGCUGGAGGCCCUGAUGACUGUGCGCAGGAAGCGGGCCAUCUAUCCCAACGACGGCUUCCUGAAGCAGCUCCGGGAGCUCAACGAGAAGCUGAUGGAGGAGAGAGAGGAAGCCUACAGCCAAGAAGGGAGGACAGAUGAGGCUGAGGAGGGCGGAGACAUGGAGAGCAACGACGGGGCCAGAGUGCAGGGCCUCACCGUGCAGGAGGAGAGCGACACCGCCAGCCUCCUGAGCGGCUCCUCCUGGGGGAAGGCCAGCCAGGCGUCCAAGUCCCUCACCCUCAUCGACGAAGACGAGGAGGAGAAGCUGUAUGAGGAGUGGAGGAGGGGGCAGGGCCUCCCCCCAAGCAAGGGCCCCCCGGGGGGAAAUGGCGGGCGGCCAGCCUCUGGCCAGGGUAGGGAGGAGCCCGAGGACGGGGCAGUGGACCGGAGGAUCCAGGAGUGGCAGAGCCGGAACGAGCGGCUGCAGGCGGGAGGGCUUCGGAGGUGGGAGGGGGCGGAGGCCGAGCGGGAGGCCGGCGACGCCGGCUGGUUCGGGAGGCGAAGCCCGCGGCACACGCUGAGCGAGAGCCGGCCCCCGGAGAGCGUCAGCGGCCGCGACCUCCGGGGCCCGCAGCCGCCGCUGGAGACAAGCGGCCAGGGCGGCGGGGCGGCGGGCCGCUCCGACUCAAUGUCCACGGACGGCACGUGGGACAUGUGGACCCAGAGGCUGCUGGAGAUUGAGAAGGAAGCCUCCCGUCGCUACCGCUCUCGGAGCACGACGGAGGCGGCGGCCACAAGCUCGGAGGGGGCGAGCAGCGUGCGAGCGGAGGACGAGGAGAGCGUGUCUUCGGAGGCCUGCUCUUCCUGUAACUUCUGCAGCAGGACCCAGGACAAGCUCACUGCCCUGGAGAGGUGGAAGAUCAAGCGAGUCCAGUUUGGGUUUCACAAGAAAGACUUGGGGGCAGAGGACAGCAGCAGUGAGCGAGCCGCCGAGGAGGCGGAGAGGGAGCCCAAGGGCUCCGACGUGGACCUGACGGCCUACCGGGCCUGGAAGCUGGGGCACCAGAAGAAGGUGGGCGGCGACAGCAAGCAGGAGGUGGCGGCGCUCGGCAAGGGAGAGGACUCGGCCUCGGCCAAGAAGAGGCAGCGGAGGCUGGAGCUGCUGGAGAGGAGCAGGCAGACGCUGGAGGAGAGCCAGUCCAUGGGAAGCUGGGAGGCAGACGGCUCGGCCGCCAGCCCGAGCAUCCCCCGGUCCGCCGUCUGGGCGGCAGCCCCCUCGGUCAGCGCCGAGGACGCGGCCUCGGUCCUCAGCGCCCAGAGCCACGGCUCCCGCCGGUCUCAGGCUGGAAGCCACGCAGGGGGGUGCUGGGCCCCGACCGCCGGCACCGCGCUGCCUGACCUGCCCGUGGGGCCUGGGGACACGGUCUCCGUCGCCAGCAUUCAGAACUGGAUCGCCAACGUGGUCAGCGAAACCCUCGCCCAGAAGCGAAACGAAAUGCUCCUGCUGUCCCGCUCGCCGCCCGCUGCGAGCACGGAGGCGGCCCGGGCCCCCCUGCUCAGUGGACGCGGCAGCCCCGCGCCGGGCGGGGGGACCAGCAAGCCGCUCUACAGCCUCUUCGCUGACAGCGUUGACCUGAAGGAGCUCGGCCGGAAGGAGAGGGCGAUGCAGAUGGACCUGAGGGACAAGAUGUCCGAGUACAAGAUGGAGAAGCUGGCCUCCGACAACAAGCGGAGCUCCCUUUUCAAGAAGAAGAAGGUCAAGGAAGAGGAGGGUGAUGGCGUGGGUGACAGGGAUGAGGACACCGACAGUGCCAUAGGGAGCUUCCGGUAUUCCUCCCGCGGUAAUUCCCAGAAGCCCGAAACGGACACGUCCUCCUCCCUGGCUGCGUCUGAUCGCUGCGCCAGUUCCCAGAGGGCCGGCAGAGAGAUGCAGGGCAGCAUUACCAAGUGGCUCAGCGGCCUCGGGACAGAGGACAGGCCUCCUCCCCCAAGUGAUUGGUCUGCAAGCGCCAGGGGGAAGUACACCAGAUCUUCCCUGCUCCGGGAGACCGAGUCCAAGUCCUCCAGCUACAGGUUCUCCAAAUCGCAGUCGGAGGAACAGGACACUUCCUCCUACCAGGAGGCCAAUGGCAACUCUGUAAGGAGCACUUCGCGGGUCUCUUCCUCCUCUACCAGGGAGGGCAGAGCGGUGCACAGAUUCUCCAGGUCAACGUUCAGUGAGACCUCAAGCUCCCGAGAGGAGAGCCCAGAGCCCUACUUCUUCCGCCGGACCCCCGAGCCCUCCGACGGGGAAGAGUCCCCGGAGGCGCGGCGGCCGAACUGGGCCAGGCCCAGGGACUGGGAAGAUGUGGAAGAGUCGUCCAACUCGGACUUUUCUGAAUUUGGAGCCAAGAGGAAGUUCACGCAGAGCUUCAUGAGGUCCGAGGAGGAGGGAGAAAGAGAGAGGAUGGAAAACCGGGAAGAAGGGAGGUUUGCUUCAGGGCGGCGGUCCCAGUAUCGGAGAAGCACUGACAGGGAGGAGGAGGAAGAGAUGGACGAUGAAGCCAUCAUUUCGGCCUGGAGACGCCAGCAGGAAGAGACCAGGACGAAGCUGCAGAGAAGGAGGGAGGAUUGAGCUGGGGCAAGGCGGACCUGGGAGAGACCGAGAACAUGGGAAGAAGCCACACAGCUUAGCACAGGGCUCGGGGCACACCUGGCCACCGCCCAUCAAGGCACAGGGGUGUGGAGCGGAUCAUCAUGAGGGGCAAAGCCUCCAGGAGAGCCGUCAGGGUGAGGUCUGAAUGCUAAGCCAACUGACCCCAUUUUCUGUUGCCCGAUGCCCUCUUAGGCUUUGACUCUUCACUUCUGUACCCAGUAGCGUUCGGCACUGACGGGAGAGGUGAGCUCGCCGUGCCACCCUAGCUUGUCAGAGAUUCCAGCUCACGUCCGGGAAGACGGAAUGCAGGACAUGGCUCUGUUGGUGGAGGUUUUAUGAGACCCAGGAAAUUUAUCCUGUGCCAAGUCUCACCUCUCCUGGCAAAGCUGAGUUCUGGGUGUUUUUUUAAAUGUUUGGGAUCUCCAUUAA